AUGUCUGCAUUUACUUUGCCUGGAUUUAUCCCGGUUCAGUCCAUACCAGAAAUAUCUGAACAGCAGUUAUACGCCUUUCCCGCCUUUCAAACAUGGUUCCAGACGCUACAACACUCACUCUCCCUGCAGACGCAUGUAACCCACGCUUUUCAUGCUUCCCCUUUCAAGCUUCGCAGAAUCACCAUACAAUCAUGUGACUACUUUGGAGGCAAACGCCUAGGCUUUUUGAAGCUCAAAGCCGAGGUCACAAAUGACAAAGGGGAUUCCCUACCUGGAAGCGUCUUCUUACGCGGAGGUAGCGUAUCCAUGCUUCUCGUCGUUCGGCCGGACGAUGUCAACGGCGACAACGAGGAAUACGUGGUGUUGACGAUACAACCAAGAAUAGCCGCUGGAAGUCUAGGGUUUGUGGAGCUUCCUGCAGGAAUGUUAGAUGAGAGUGGCACUUUCACCGGUGCUGCAGCAAAAGAGAUAAAGGAGGAGACUGGAUUGGAAAUCGCUGAAACUGAGUUGAUAGACAUGUCAAGCCUCGCGAUUCCACCACCAGGUGCCGAGGAGGAGCUACUACAACAAGGAAUAUACCCCAGUCCUGGUGCAUGCGAUGAGUUCAUUCCUUUGUUCCUAUCGCGCAAGCGACUGGCUAGGACAGAAAUUAAGAGCAUGGAAGGCAGACUUUCGGGGCUACGAGAACAUGGGGAGAAGAUAACGUUGAAAAUGUGUCGACUCGACGAGUUAUGGAAGCUUGGUGCUAGGGAUGGAAAGACACUAGCAGCAGUGGCACUGUAUGAAGGGCUCAAACGCGAAGGCAAGAUAUGA